AUUACAAAAAACCAAUGUACUGCUAUGAGUGCCAAGAUUCUUCAAACGACCCUAACAACUGCUCUGACCCAUUCAAUGCCACUCUGCUAGCAAAAAAUGUCUCCAUUUGUGAGGGUCACUGUGUAAAGUGGGUCAGGAAUUCAAGCCCAGGUGUGAUGACCUACACACGCACCUGCUCUACCAACUUAAGAAUCAAGUUGAUGAUUAACAUUGUCUGCAUGGAGGAGUCUAGGCCUCGCUCCGGAGAAAUAUGCUUCUGUAAGGACUCGAGAUGUAAUGUUUCAUCUGGAACACAGUUUUCAAUACUGGUUCUACUUUGUGGAUUAUUGCUAUUCAAGGAGUGGACCUGAAGAAAAUACACCAUGGAAUCAAACAAUGAUUGUCACUGUCACAGUACUGCAAUGGUGUGAUUUGAUUUCAAUAGUUCUUUGGAGAUGUUUUUAUCGUACAAUCAAAAAAACUAUAUAUACACCACUUUGCACCUUAUCUAUAAUAUGAUGUCUGCAUGCCAACAUACCAAAA